CACCUCUGUAGCAAGCUAUGAUAAUUACCUACAGUACAGCCUCAGACCUAGUGGAAGACAAAAACUGCAUUCAUUGCCUGUAACGACGAAGACAUACGCAUCGAGUCUCAGAUUCUUCUGCUAUCAACCUUUCUUAAAAUCUCUGUUCUUGUCUGCUUCCAUAUACAUCCAUAUACAUCAGCAAAUCUCCGAGCGAAAAGACUUCUAAAGAUAAUUCAGACCAAAUGAUCAUCCCCGUCCGCUGUUUUUCUUGCGGCAAGGUUGUCGGAGACCUCUGGGAGCGUUAUCUUCAACUUCUCGAUGAGGGCAUUCCCGAUGGUGACGCCAUGGAUCAGCUUGGCUGUAAGCGGUACUGUUGUCGCAGAAUGAUUAUGACGCACGUCGAUUUGAUAGAGAAACUUUUACGGUACAAUCCCACGGAGAGAGACCGGGCGAAAAACCAAAUAUGAACCUGAGGUCCACCAGCAUCAUCGGCAGAAAUACCCUCACGCAGCACAGUAGAAACUUGCACCACAUUUUACGAAAUGCAGAGUCUACUAUUAUCAGAGGUUGAUGGCGGGUAUAUAUGGCUUGCAGGGGACUGGCUAAAUGAUGGGCAGCCCUUAUGUUACAACCAUUCUGGUUUCUUCCUCUCUUUACCCCUUUUCUUCUCUUGUUCCUUCCGGUCUUUGUGAAGAUGAUGUCGGCGUUUUUGCUUUUUUUUUCCGGGAACAAUGCUUCAUAUAGUCACGGAUUUCGGCCAUGGUAAAAAUCUCCUAUAAUUCAUUGCACUAGAUGCACUACUACUUUCUUUUGCUGUCCAU